AACCGCCAGGGCACCCCAGGCAGAUCGCUCCCGCUUCGCACCCGUCUCCGCCUUGGACGGCAGUCGUGGAUGUUCAGCGAACCUCGCCGUUCGCUUGUCCUUCGUGGCUGUCAUCCUCGACGCCGCCCUUGUGCUUCUCCGCAAGUUCAUUGGUGCCACACUGGUAUCGCCCUUGGCUUUCUUCUUCACCAGUUCACUGCCAGCAUUGAAACUGCCACUCACCACCUCGCCUGGAUUUAUAUAACAGCAGCGAAUGGCAACGUCGGUGUAAUGCAAGCUUUGCACUUCUUCCGUGCAAAGGACGACGGCAUUUUGCCAACUUCAACUGGGUCUCGAUAUCCAUGCUCCUGCCAGGCAAUCAGUUCGACCAUUGUAUUUGAUGUCCAGGGCCCCGGAUUCGCUGCUACAAACACGAUUUUAUGAGUUCGCAUGCAGGCAUGGCUGUGAUCUGUUGAUCAUCAGCGAUGAGACAUUGGCCGCCCACUACAUCACUGCACACGGAGAGAAUCUGGCAUGUUUCUUUGAGCACCUUGGCUGCCGUGAACGGUUUCCAAACACAAACACCAACACCGCCUUUGCCACCACCAAUUACGGAAGACAGCAACGGUACGACUACAACCAAGAGCCCGAGCUCUUCAAGUGGAAGUGCCCUGCAUGCGGCACUUACCAAAAACAGGGGCUGAUGCGUCUCCACUUCAUCGACUACCAUGGCCUACGGAAGAACAUGAAUCACGGCUAUGAAGAAUUCUUCGAAUACGUGUCGAGCUUCGAAUAUGCUGGUACAACCCUACCCAUCCAGCUCACCGCCCCCAUCCUCCCACAAUUGCCCACAUUCAUCAUCGUGGUCUUCCGCUGCAGCCAGUUAAGGCUCCCUUCAACUGCCGAGGCGGUCGCGCUUCCUCGUGGACUAUAUUCACAGUCGCUCAAAUACGCAGAGAAGCUCGCAAAUGUCAUGAACUGGACGCGGUACUGGAACUUCGAUACUGCCAGGGGGAAUAUUCAGCUCGUCGCAUCAUCAGUUAUACUCGCACGCUGCAGGCAAUGAUCGAAGCUGGUGGCGAGAAUCCGGCGAUUCUCACUGCUAUUGGAAAAGCUUGAC